AUGUAUGCUCGAAAAGCGAGCGAGUUGGUGAAAGAAUUCGCUAGUAGUGAACCUGGGCAACUUAGCACUUUCAAUAACGACCUGUUUGGUCAGGUGCUUGAGGAAUGUGACGCACAUUUCCUUCAGCUUCAGCCUUUAAUCAGAAAAAUACAAGAACACGAGAAGGAAUUGAGAGAAAAAGGACAAGCAGAUGAUGAAGUGGGGACUUCCGAAGUAGGGAAUAGGAAUUUAGAAGCCGAGAAGAAUGCCAUACAAGCAGCCCUUAAAUCCAAUCAGUUUGGUGCACUCGUGCAUCACCUUUCACUAGUCCGCAAUAAGCGCUGUCUAAUGGCUUAUGUAUAUAACCGAGCAGAGGUCAUCAGGAGUUUGGGGUGGAUGGUUGAUCGCGUGCUUCCUGAAGAAAUUGAAGAGAAACUCAGUACCACUGAAAAAGAAUAUUUCAAAAACCAUACCGCAACUUUGCAGUCAUAUAUGUCAGAGAUUGAUCUUCAUCUGACUUUGGAUAUGGUUCCUCCUAAAGAUCCCUACAUUAAGGUGAGAGUUUUGGAUGAUAUUGGCCAGGUUGUUCUUAGCGAUCACACGGCCAACUUGGCUCGACAUGCUAUUAUGUUCCUCAAACGUACAGAUGCUGAGCAAUACAUUACACAGGGCCGAAUGGAAGAGCUCACGGGUUAA